UUCUUUCCUAUCCUCAUCUCUCGCCCUCUCUGUGGAAAUACGUUUCCAAGCCGAAAGAAAUCAAAAUCCAUGGCAGCAUCUCCUCUCCUCCUCUGUCUCCUUCUCCUCAUCUUCUUCACUUCCAACGCCUUCUCCUCUCCAACCCAACUGGGCGGCAGAAAAGAUGGGAAGCUCGGCGGGAGGGAGGAAAUCACAGACGUGAAAUCGAACCAGGAAGUCCAGACCCUUGGGAAAUUCUGCGUCCAGGAAUUCAACAAGACGAGCCGACGGGGUCCGAUCGCCUUCUCCCAAGUUGUCAAAGCCGAGAAGCAGGUCGUGUCCGGAAUCAAAUACUAUCUCACGAUCGAAGCUGCGGAGGGCGGCGUCAAGAGAACGUUCGAUGCCGUUGUCGUUGUCAAGGAGUGGCUGCAUUCCAAGGAAUUGCUUUCAUUCGUUCCUAAGAGCCGUUGAAUUAGGUGGGGUUCUCUAUCAAUAUGUUGGGUGUGUUUUAGUUUAUGAUCGAUUUUAUGAAUUAUGUAUGAUUAGAGUAGUGAAGGGAUUGGACUGUUAGGAUGUAUUAUGGCGUUUGUAUGAAAUGAAGUGGUGUUUGCUGUA